GCGCGUUUGUAAAUUAAUUUUCCUUUAUUCUUUCUUGUAUCGGUACAAGAUGCAUCUCAUUCAGGCACUAGCCUUGCUCGUGGUAUGUUUCCAUUCUGGUGUAUUUGCAGCAUCAGAAUGGGAAGCUCUUGGUUGCUUCAAGGACGGCCACUCGAGAACCAUGCCUCACUUCUUGGGAAAAGUUCAUUAUAAUCCUUCAAAUCCGGGUUAUAAACUCAUGUUUGAUCAGUGCCGUAAAAAAGCAGAAGACCAUGGUUACACUUAUUUUGGGGUUCAGAAUAUGAAAGAAUGUUGGGGAUCAAAGAAUGCAAUGGAAACGUACGAUGAUCUAGGAUGUGAUGAUUACUGUAGAGUAGACGACGAAGGGUACGGCACCGGUGGCAAAUGGUUGAACUUUGUCUAUCGAGUGAAAAAAGAUUGGACAGAAUGUUCCAGAGAUGUGUGCUUGCAGUACGAAAUCGUUCUAAAGAAGCUCUAUGGUGCAAAGUGUCCGGAGUACAACAAAGAGGUUUACGUGGAUAAAGAAAUAACUAAGCCGUGUGAAAACAAGGAUAAAUGUGUUGUUGAUGGUGGCUGGAGUGACUUCUCUCACUGGUCCGACUGUACGAAAACCUGUGGUGGUGGAACRAAAGAGAGAACUCGUUCCUGUACCAAUCCUGCUCCAUCAUUCGAUGGAAAAGACUGUGAAGGAGUUGCCAAGGAAACCAAAGCUUGCAACAGCGAGCCUUGUCGCCCACGUCUAUCUUAUCUUACAAGUAAUGGUCCUUCUAUCCAAUGCUACCAGUGUAUCGGAAAAGAUUGCACUGCUACCAGCAACUGCUCCUCAAGGUUCGAUGCCUGUGCCUUCGUCCACAUACAUGGGGAAGCAUACGCUCGCUUCUGCAGUACAAAAGACAAAUGUGACGAAGCAGCUUUUGAAUGUGAGAAGACCAAGGAGUGUGCUGUGAAAUGCUGCCAGACGGACCUUUGCAAUAAAGAAGGUCCGAUGGCACAUCCAAGUGGAGGUGCUACCAUCAUCGGUUCUAAGGCUUUCAUCGCUGUCCCUCUUGUUGUAGGGAUUUUGUCCUACUUUAUAAUGUCGUGAUCAUAACGUAAAUGAAAGAGGCUUCUCGACAGCCUUGAAGUAAGAACGAUUUAAUGUGCGUACUUAAAUAGACAUCACACCAACCAAAUAAACACAUAUUAUAAACAUA